GUUUAUAAUAUUUUCGCUUAGUGAUUCAUUCAAUAGUAUUUUCUAGUUAGAAUUAGAAGUGUUUAAAGUAUAUUCAUUGCAUGUAAAAUAUAUCGGCAUGCGAUGACGUCACAUCCGGUUUCGCCGCGUCUUGUGGGAAAACACCGGUUUGAAAUUAGCGCGAGGGUGGGGGCUUUCCACGAGGCUCACCUGAGCACAAGCAGUUUUGCAGGCAUGAGAAAUCACAGUGAGAGCAACGCUUUUUCACCAUAUGUUAAUGUGAAGAGUGAACAGUAAAUGGUUAAUCUUACUGCGAUCUGGUUUGCAUUGGCUGUGGUUUAUCCGGACGUUAAAUUCGGCGUUUCGUUACACCCGAAGGAGAACGUUACAGUGAAAAAGCGGCAUUAUCAGGUGUUUCAAGUGCUGCAAUGUCAGCUCAAUCCAGCAUCAAGUCGACGCCGCCCAGCGACAGGGGCAGUAAACCGACAUCAAGUAAGCCCACCCGUGCGUUAUCAGGUGUUCCAAGUGCUGCAAUGUCAGCUCGAUCCGGGAUCAAGUCGAUGGCGCCCAGCGACAAGGGCAGUAGAACGACAUCAAGUAAGUCCGCACAGGCAAGAGCCAAGGCAGAAGCCGCCAAGGUGCGACUGCAUUACGCCAAACAAGAAGCAGUUUUGAAAAUGAAACUGGCCACCAGAGAAGCCGAAAAGGCUGCCAGAGAAGCCGAAAGGGCCGCCAGAAAGGCAGAAGCCGCCAAGGUGCUACUGCGUUACGCCAGACAAGAAGCAGUUUUGAAAAUGAAACUGGCCACAAAAGAAGCCGAAAUCCAGAAAGAAAGGGCCGCCAGAGAAGCCGAAAGGGCCGCCAGACAAAGAGAAGAGGCUGCCAGAGAAGCCGAAAUCCAGAAAGAAAGGGCCGCCAGACAAAGAGAAGAGGCUGCCAGAGAAGCCGAAAUCCAGAAAGAAAGGGCCGCCAGACAAAGAGAAGAGGCCGCCAGAGAAGCCGAAACCCAGUUGGAAAUGGCAAAAAUAUCAACAGAGUUGCAAGUGCUGCAGCGAGAAAGAGAAGGAGAAGCUGCCAUGGCGGAAGCAGAGUACAUAGAAGAAGCUGAAGGGUCGCGUGAUCUGACCGCAGUAAGAUCUACUUUAGAAAGGACCAGACUGGAACGCACAAGCGACUAUGUACAAUCUCAAAUAGACAGGCAGGCUCGUCUCCCCUCUCUAUACGUAUUCGAUAACUUCCCCAGCUACGAGGAACCUCAGAGAGUCACGAUUGCAUCACAUCCAUACGAGGAAGGAAAUUUACCCUCACGGCUCCGUGAUGAAGUCAAGAAUGAAAGAACCGACAACGCUCCUUCACCCCCACAACAGGACGGCGGGGAGGGAGAGGUUCACUCCAGGACAACAAUUGUCGGCUCGAACUGUACAGAAGUUUGCGGUCAAACUCAGUCAAGCCGUUCUUGUUCCGAGAUCUGCCUCACUGAGGUGUACCCUAAAGAAGCACAACAAGACAUUACCAAGCGUAAAGUAACCGACGAGACGCUAGGUCAGUCAGUUUUCGUUCAAACCGAGGACGGAAACAAACUUGCACAAUCAGCUCAAGAUACCAUUUCUUUAAAAAUCAAAGACACCAAGGUCUUCAGAGAUGAAGCAAAUAAUGGGGUUGCCCCAUUGCCAAUCAGAGAACCACGCCAGCGCUCACCAGAUAACAAAGAGCAGGCAGUCAAACGGUUCACGUCCUUACGGAAAACCUGGAAAAGGAAACCUGAGAUACAGCAACGCACCCGAUUGGCCCACGAGGUACUGUGCACCCUAAUGGCAGAGGUCACAGCCAUUAUAAACGCACAAUCAUUCCUACCUGUGUCUUCUGACCCAGAAAACCCCUUUAUACUUUCGCCAUCAACGCUCCUUACGCAGAAGGCAGGAGCACCUCCUCCACCAGGAGACUUCUCAGACAAGGAUUUGUACACAAAGCAAUGGAGACAAGUCCAGGCUCUGGCAAAUCAGUUCUGGUCCCGCUGGAGACAGAAAUAUCUACCCUCGUUGCAACAGAGACGAAAGUGGACAGAACCCCGCAGGAAUCUUCAAGUUGGAGACUUAGUCCUGCUCAGGGACAAGCAAGUCGCUCGCAACAGCUGGCCAACGGCCAGAAUCACUGCUACAUUCCCUAUCGGGGAUGGACAUGUCAGGAAGAUCGAAUUGAAGACUACCGACCAAGGCGAUGUGAAAAUUUACCAAGGGCCAGUUACAGAAGUUAUUCUACUUCUACCCAAUGACUGAUUAAGAGACUAAGUUUUGUACUCUGCUCAUUGUGACCUUACGAAGGUCAAGCGGGGAGUGUGCUGUCUUUACGACAGUUAUUUAGUUUAUAAUAUUUUCGCUUAGUGAUUCAUUCAAUAGUAUUUUCUAGUUAGAAUUAGAAGUGUUUAAAGUAUAUUCAUUGCAUGUAAAAUAUAUCGGCAUGCGAUGACGUCACAUCCGGUUUCGCCGCGUCUUGUGGGAAAACACCGGUUUGAAAUUAGCGCGAGGGUGGGGGCUUUCCACGAGGCUCACCUGAGCACAAGCAGUUUUGCAGGCAUGAGAAAUCACAGUGAGAGCAACGCUGUAAGUUAAUAGAUAAUCGAUAUAUUGAACUAAGAUGUUAAUGCUGAUCCUGUUAGAGGUAACGACGGUAGAUAAUGUUUAUGCUUUCGUUAGUUAAAGAGUCGCGGAUAGUUUGCAUGGAAGUGUAUUUAAAGUAGUCAAUGGAGCAGGUAAACUCUCCCUGUAUACUGCACCUUAGUGUAAUGUAGUUAUAGUCACCUUUGCAAGUAUUUACACUUGAAAUGUGAUAUUAAGGAAGGAACAAAUACUGUAUCAAUCUUGUAUUGUUUUAUCAACAGUUUUCACCAUAUGUUAAUGUGA